AUGGCGCUCCAAGACUACAAGUUGACGCACUUUCUCGUGUCGUCGCCGGCGCCGUUCGUCGCGCACGUCGAGAUCAACCGGCCCAAGAAGCUCAACGCCUUCUCGGAGGAGGUCUGGCUCGAGUUCGGCCGGCUCUUCGACCGCCUGAGCCACGACCCCGAGGUCCGCGCCGUCGUCCUCUCGGGUGCCGGCGACCGCGCCUUCACGGCCGGCCUCGACGUGCAGUCGGCCGGCGAGGGCCUCACGGUCAGCGCCACCAAGGGCGUCGACGCCGCGCGCAACGCCGCCGUCCUGCGCCGCCACAUUGCCGAGUUCCAGGCGUGCAUCACGGCCAUGGAGAAGUGCGAGAAGCCUGUUAUUUGCGUCCUGCACGGCAUCGCUCUCGGCCUCGCCAUUGACAUUGCCUGCUGCGCCGACGUGCGUCUGGCGGCGCGCGGCACGCGGUUCGCCGUCAAGGAGGUCGACAUUGGCCUCGCCGCCGACAUUGGCAGCCUCGCACGGCUGCCGCGCAUCGUCGGCAGCAUGUCGUGGGUCAAGGACGUGUGCCUGUCGGCGCGGGACUUUUCGGCCGACGAGGCGCUGGCCGUCGGCUUUGUGAGCCGCGUGCUCGAGACCAAGGCGGCCGCCGUCGAGGCCGGCCUUGAGAUGGCGGCGCGCCUCGCGACCAAGAGCCCCGUCGCCGUGCAGGGGACCAAGGAGCUGCUGAACCAUGCCAAGGACAACACGAUUGCGAACAGCCUGCGGUACACGGGGGUCUGGAACGCGGCGGCGCUGCAGUCUGGCGACUUUACGGCGGCGCUGCAGUCGGGGCUGACGAAGAAGCAGCCGCGGUUCGAGAAGCUCUAG